CGGAGGAAGAAGCCUUUCUUAACUUUUACGCAGACAAUGCGCGCCUCAUCGCCGCUGCACUCGCUCGACGCUACUGCUUCUUCCUCAGCUCCCGCCAAUGGGUCAGCCAACUGCCCCGCAACUUCCGCGUUCCUGUCUCCGACCAUGCGCCGCACUUCGAGCAGCGAGUGGCGCGAGUGGGAGGCAUCACUCAGCAGCUUCAGCGCCGUCUCAAGUGGUCUCCUGGGUGUGGACGCUGCUAUGGAUGUGGACCUGGAUCAGUUCCUAUUGGACGACUUUCUUGAACCCUUCUCCGGUCCCAAUGCCACGCUGGACUCGCCCAUCUUCGCGUCCGAGGACCAGGACCUAAACAUGCUACAAGCCGCGGAGUUCGACACAAGCUUCGGUGGCAGCUGCGAUGGCGCAGAGCUACAGAGCCUCGUGGAGUGCAAACCGGAGCCGCAUCCACUACCCACGACGACGGACUCCACGACCUACCGCCACCACAAACGGAAGGCGGCAGAGCUUCACAGACUUGGAGGGGAGACGGACAGAAUGAAGAAGGCUAAGGGAUUAGAACAACACAAUGCCGUCACUAAGAGCGAUGUACCAGCAGAGAAUUUGUAUAGACGGAGAUAUGAUAUUUUACACGGGAUUCUGGAGGCUUGGAACACCGGAGUCAUCGAGGACUUGGAGGAGAUUGCGGACAAUGUGUACGACAACGACGUGACGCUUUACAGCCCCAACUACUUGGAAGGGUUGCAUGGCGUGGACGCUGUGAUGUCGCACUGGAACUUACUGCUUGACGCCUUCCCUGAUGGAAUCAUGGAAGAGUACAUUAUUCAACGUGAGGAAGGCAACAGUGAGCAGAUGAAGGCCACAUGGACCUUCAGUGGCACACAAAUCUACCCGUUCUUUGGCGUCCAGCCACUGCACAAAAAGGUUUGCAUAAGUGGCAAGUCUUGCUUCACCUUCAAGGGCGACAGAAUCAGGCAAAUGGUGUUGUCGUGGAACAGUCGAGAUACGCUGCUUAAACUCAUGGGUGUGCAGCCAGACAAGUGUACAAACUCUGGGUCAAUGCUGCACACAGCUAACGUACGAUCAUGAUUAUACACUCGCUCCUAACCUCGAUAGAAAAAAGCGGAGUAGUCAGAAACCAAUCAACAUAUUAUCCAUCGCCUUUGUGGUGGGCAUUGCAA